AUGGCGGCCAUACUUGAAACUUUGCUUAAAUCAAGUGUCAAUAAGUUGCAAGAUGUCAUCAUGGAUGAGGCUAUACUAAUCCUAGGGGUGGAAGAAGAGCUCACAAAACUGCUGCGGCGAGUGGAACUAAUUCAGUGUUGUAUAUAUGAUGCUGAGGAAAGGAGAACAAAAGAGCAAGCAAUAAACAAUUGGCUUGGUCAACUGAGAGAUGUUAUAUAUGAUGUUGAUGAAAUCUUGGAUGUGGCUAGAUGUAAAGGAAGCAAGCUACUUGCUGAACACCCUUCACCAUCAUCACGCAAAUCAGUUGCAUGUAAAGGCCUUUCAGUUUCCUCUUGUUUUUGCAACAUAGUGCCACGCCGUGAUGUUGCUGUUCGAAUUAGAAGCCUGCACAAAAAGAUUGAGAACAUUGCAAAUGACAAGAUAUUUUCGACUUUCAAUAGUAGUACACGACCUACUCGAAAUGGUCCAACAUCCAAACUGAUAAGAAGUUCCAAUCUUGUUGAGCCCAACCUUGUGGGGAAGGAGAUCAUACAUUCUAGCAGGAAGUUGGUGGACUUAGUGCUUGCACACAAGGAAUACAAGUCUUACAAGCUCGGUAUCGUUGGAACUGGAGGAGUUGGUAAGACAACACUAGCUCAAAAAAUAAAAGGAAGCUUCAAGAUACAUGCAUGGAUUUCUGUUUCACAAGACUACAAUGAAGUAACUCUUCUUAAGGAGGUUCUCCGGAAUAUUGGUGUGCAUCAUGAGCAAGGUGAAACCAUAGCAGAGCUCCAGAGGAAGCUUGCAGAAACAAUUGAAGGGAAGAGUCUCUUUCUGGUUCUAGAUGAUGUGUGGCAUUUCAAUGUAUGGACGGAUUUACUGAGACCUGCAUUUCACGAAACAAGUGUCGGAAUAAUAUUGGUAACCACACGAGAUUAUCAAAUUACAAAGAGAAUAGGUGUAGACCAUACCCAUCAAGUUGAUCUCAUGGCAGUAGAAGUGGGAUGGGAGCUACUUUGGAAGAGCAUGAACAUCGAGGAAGAAAAGGAAAUGCAGAAUUUAAGAAAAACAGGGAUUGAGAUUGUUCAUAAAUGUGGCCGCCUUCCUCUUGCAAUCAAGGUUACCGCUAGUGCUUUGUCAAGCAGAGAACUAACAGAAAAUGAAUGGAAAAGGUAUUUGAGCAGAUUUAUUGGCUCUCAGAGCAUCCUCUUGGAUGAAACAGAAGAAGCUUUGUAUCUAAGCUAUGAUGAGUUACCACAUCGUUUGAAGCAGUGUUUCCUUUAUUGUGCUUUGUAUGUUGAAGAUUCAGUCAUUGAACGUGAUGAAGUUACCUGGUUAUGGAUUGUUGAAGGCUUCAUCGAGGAGCAGCAUGGCCAACUACUAGAAGACAUAGCAGCUGAGUACUACCACCAGCUAAUACAUCGAAAUCUCCUCCAGCCAGAUAUUAUGAGUUUUGACCAGGCUAAAUGCAAAAUGCAUGACCUCUUAAGACAGCUUGCUUGUAAUAUAUCAAGAGAAGAAUGUUUUGUUGGAGAUGUUGAAUCAUUAAGGGGUGAGAAUAUGUCAAAACUGCGACGUGUUACUGCUGUUAUUAAGAAGGAUAUGUUGGUGUUACCUAGAGUGGAUAAGGUGGAUGUUAAGGUGAGGACUUUCCUAACUAUUGAGGGUGCAACGAGAAUUGAGGAUACAUUGUUCAAGAAAUUCCUGCUUCUUCGUGUUUUGGUACUGAAUUAUUCACGUGUGCAAAGCAUCCCAGACUAUAUAGGAAAAUUGAUACAUCUACGCCUACUUAAUCUAGAUUAUACUGGCAUAUCUUGCCUUCCGGAAUCCAUUGGCUCCCUGAAGAACCUUCAAGUACUGAGCUUGAGAUGGUGUGAUGAUCUGCACAGUCUUCCUUUGUCAAUGACCCUGUUGUGCAGUUUAAGAUGUCUUAAUCUUUUAGGCACAAAAAUAAAUCAGGUUCCCAAAGGGAUAGGGAAACUGAAGUUCCUCACUUGUUUAGAAGAUUAUCCUGUUGGUGAUCGAAGUGAUAAUGCUCUUGUACAAGAUGGAUGGAAGUUGGAAGAGUUGUGUUCUUUGUCGCGAAUGAGAUUUCUUGCUCUUGUUAAAUUGGAAAGAUCGGUUGACUGUAGUAUAAAUGCAGUGCUGACGGACAAAAAGCAUCUAAAAACUCUAAUACUAGAGUGGACUGAAAGUGGAGAGGGGUCAUAUUCUGAAGAAAAUGUUAGCAAUGUUGAGAAGGUCUUUGAGAAGCUAAUACCUCCAAGCAACUUGGAAGACCUAUGUAUUUUACAAUUCUUUGGUCAGCGGUAUCCCACUUGGUUUGGUACCACCUAUUUGUCUUCAUUAAUGUCCUUGAUCCUCAAAGAUGUACGAUCAUGUGUGCAUCUUCCACCGGUCUGGCAGCUACCAAACUUGAAAUAUCUGAGAAUUGAAGGAGCACAUGCUGUUACCAAGGUUGGACCUAAAUUUGUUGGCUGCAAGAAGGGUGAUCCUGUAUGUAAUGGGUUUGUUGCUUUCCCUAAACUUGAAUUGUUGAUCUUCUUAGAUAUGCCCAACUGGGAGGUGUGGUCUUUUUUUGAGGAAGAAGCCGCUGCUCCUGAUGUAAGGGGAGAGGAUGAAGCUGUUGAGAUUCAAAAGGAGGAUGCCCAAUCUGCAAGGUUGCAACUGCUGCCUUAUUUGGUGAAGUUGCAACUCAUAGGUUGCCCGCAGCUGAGGGCUCUGCCGCCCCAGCUUGAAGAGGACACCGUCAGCUUGAAGAAGAUCCUUUUAAUUGGAAUAAACAACUUGAAGGCCGUGGAGGACUUUCCACAGCUUUCUGAGCUCCUUGCUAUAAAGGAUUGUGAAGGCCUGGAGAGGAUCUGCAACCUCGCUCAAGUGUCAGAAUUGCAAGUAGGUGGUUGUCCAAACUUAAGCCAUGUAGAGGGGUUGGCCAAUCUGCAGGAGCUGGGGCUGGGCGAGGAUAUGCAAGAGAUUUCUUCCCACUGUGUGCCUGGGCUUCAAGAACAGCACCAACGAAUUCAUGGUGAAGACUUAGAUGUCUACACAGUUGUCUAGUAGUUAGAUGGCUC